AAAGCUUCCUCCCUCCUCUCUGUCACACUGCGGAAUGUCAGGGUGCGUUUACGGUCCGGUACCAGCCCACCUGCGGCUCACCUGACAACGUAACCAACCUGUGUUUACUUCAGGGCCCCAGAGGAAAUAAAACCGGUUCCUUUUUUCUCUGAAGCUUUAAAUGUUGCAGCGGCUGGUCACAAUGGCGGAUUAACGAGUAUUGCUGACUCUGCGGUGACAGUUUCUCCUCACCGCGGGAUGUGAACGGACAAGGCAACCGCGACAAAAACCGGUAGUUUUUCAUAUUUUUGCUCUUGAACGUUUCCGGCUGUGAGGUUUGGCAGCUGGCGAACGUAAGCCAACUGAAACACGAUGAACGGCGGCUCGGCCCGCAGCCGCUCCGGACGUCCUCUGGCCGCCGAGUAGCAUCAGAAACCGCACAGAAAUUCAUCUCAGACACCUUCGUUUAAUAUUUAAUUUCCGAGUACCCGGUGCGGAUGUCUGGGACGAGCGGAGACCUUUAUGAACUGUUCGGAUGCCGGUCAUAACCUCCCGUGCGAUGGACACUUAGGCAUCUCAAACCGAGAGAAGGUGACCGCCGAACAGCGUCAGAGAAACACCAGAUUUUAAUCUCGAACGGAAUUACUGAGUGUUUCGCCUGCUUCUGAGAACCGGGUUUGUAUGUUCCGGACUACAGGAGACUUCUGUGCAUAAUUCGGCCCCCGGUGAAACCCAACUGAACGAUGGGCACUCAGGGACCGGGCAGGAAGAGGAUCCCGAACCGGGAGAAGCUGACGGCCGAGGACGAUGCUCUCAACCAGAUCGCACGGGAGGCCGAGGCGAGGCUGGCAGCGAAGCGAGCAGCGAGAGCUGAAGCCCGAGAGAUCAGGAUGAAGGAGCUGGAGAGACAGCAGAAAGAGCUCUUUCACAGCCACAAGAAGGGUUAUGGUCUGGACAAUAAGUGGGGUCACAUUGAACAAUGGAUGGAGGACAGUGAGCGCUACUCUCGCCACUCACGGAGACACGCUUCGAUGUCAGAUGAUGAGGAGAGGAUGUCUGUGGGCAGCCGAGGAAGCUUCAGGCCUUCAGACUACAGUGGCUUCCUGGCCUCCGGUUCUCGGGCCUCGUCCAGAGCCAGUUCAGCUCGUGCGAGCCCAGUGGUGGAGGAGAGACCCGACCGAGACUUCCUGGAUAAAGGUUCGAGGACGGCGUCCACGCUCUCCGCCGCCACACUCGCCUCUCUGGGCGGAGCUUCGUCUCGUAGAGGAAGCUGUGACACGUCGUUCUCCGUGGAGACGGAGGCGUCCAUCAGAGACAUGAAGGACUCUCUGGUGGAGCUGGAGGAGAAGUACCGCAGAGCGAUGGUGUCCAACGCUCAGCUCCACAACGAGAAGUCCACCCUGAUGUACCAGGUGGAGACGCUGAGGGAGGAGCUGAGCGACAUGGAGGAGCUGCUGUGGGAGUCACGGCGGCAGAGUGACAACACCAGCAAGGAGUUUGAACGUGAGCGUCAGGCUCAUCGUGUCCUUCAGCUCCAGUUCAGCGAGAUGAAGGAGACUCUGAGACAGACUGAAGAGCUGCUGACGGAGGUGUCUGUCCUUCGGCUGAAGACCAGCAGUUACUGUCAGGAGGUUUCUGACCUGCAGGAGGUUCUGCAGUGGAAAGAGAAGAAGAUGGCGGCCUUAGAGAGGCACAGAGAAAUCUCCGAGGUUGUUCGGAUCGAACGUGAUCGGCUCAGAGAAGAGGUGGUCCGACUCACAGAUUCACUGAAGAAACACGGCAUCGUCGUCUCUCCUGAGGUCUCCACCAAUGGGGAGACAGGACGGGGCGAGGAUGAGGACGACGUCGGCACUGAGCGAGCUCAGGGUGGCAGGGAGAGCAUGCUGGAAGUGCGGCUGAAGAAGCUGUUUGAGGAGAGAGAGAGUUUACAGGACCAGGUGAGGCUGCUGAAGUCUCAGCUGAAUCAGAGAAAUGGGACAGAAGGAGUCCACAAUCCAGAGGGGGACAGUAUGGAGAACGGGAUGAACUCUCAUCUUCUGGACCUGCAGAGAGAUGCCAACAGACAGAUGAGUGACCUCAGGUUCAAGCUGGUGAAGUGUGAACAGGAAGUCACCACUCUGGAACAAAACGUGAUCCGGCUGGAAGGUCAGGUGACUCGAUACAAGUCGGCGGCAGAAAACGCAGAGAAGAUUGAAGACGAGCUGAAGGUCGAGAAGAGAAAACUGCAGCGAGAACUCCGCUCGGCUUUGGACCGGAUCGAAGAGCUGGAGGCCAGCAACAACCACCUGUCCAAACGUCUGGAGAAGAUGAAGGCCAGCCGCACUGCGCUGCUGACCCAGCAGUGAACGUCUGCUCACCCCGGACGGACUGACAAUCAGCACUUGGUUUUACUCUGCAUGCAGCACCAGACGGGUGGAGUUAAAUAAAACAAAAACUCAGAAUCUGAAAAGACAAAAUGUGAUGUUUGAAAGAUCAAUGAACCGUGAACGUGUUCAUGGGUGGAGUUCAUCUUCCAGUUCCUGCUUUUGUUUCUGUGAACCACUGAGCAUCAGAGAAAAAACUUAAAGGAUCAGAGCUGUCAUACAGUCGGUCCUGAUGGGGUAAACUCCACCCGCCUGGCCCUCCCACACUACGUCUGCCUCAUCAACCCUCAGCUGCUCCAUCUGUGAGGAGGAUGGCAAUACCUGACCCUCCAAGACUCAACUACAGCAGAGAGACCGGGACAGACUUGAUCAGACUGAGACAGACUGGACUGAAUCAGACUUGGACCGGGACUGACCUGGACAGACUGAAUCAGACUGAGACAGACUGGACUGGAUCAGAGUAGGACCAGGACCGACUGGAUCAGACUGAGACAGACUGGACUGGAUCAGACUUGGACCGGGACCAACCUGGACAGACUUGAUCAGACUGAGACAGACUGGACUGAAUCAGACUUGGACCGGGACUGACCUGGACAGACUGAAUCAGACUGAGACAGACUGGACUGGAUCAGAGUAGGACCAGGACCGACUGGAUCAGACUGAGACAGACUGGACUGGAUCAGAGUAGGACCAGGACCGACUGGAUCAGACUGAGACAGACUGGACUGGAUCAGACUUGGACCGGGACCAACCUGGACAGACUUGAUCAGACUGAGACAGACUGGACUGAAUCAGACUUGGACCGGGACUGACCUGGACAGACUGAAUCAGACUGAGACAGACUGGACUGGAUCAGAGUAGGACCAGGACCGACUGGAUCAGACUGAGACAGACUGGACUGGAUCAGACUUGGACCGGGACCAACCUGGACAGACUGGAUCAGACUGAGACAGACUGGACUGGAUCAGACUUGGACCGGGACCGACUGGAUCAGACUGAGAGCAGCUGAGUUUUUAACUUUAUUUUGGUUCUUGGUGCUUUGUGUUUUUUCCCUCCUCAGUGGUUUUCGUGUUUCCACGUGUUCGUCUUGUUUUUAGCGUCACGUUAGGUGGGGUUGGAUGCUGAGACACCAGUGCAAAGCGAGACUGUGGAUCAGAUCAAAUCGCUGUAGUGUCAGACUGGACUGUGGGAGGAGAACCAACACAGCAGCUGUGAGCUCAUAAGAGGACACAGCGUUCAAUCAGCAUCCAGCCCCAACCCCCGUGAUGUCAUACAGGUAACUGAAGGGGGUGUGGCCUCUCGUGUUUCUGUAAACGAGGUGGAGGCGCACCUGAUUCAGGAAUAUUCCACGUAAUGUUUGUUUGGCGACUUUAGUGGCACUCGGGAUGCGACAUCACCAGCUUCAUGUCUGUGAAGACACAUGAACGGAUGAAGAGUUCGGUCCCAAAUCAACAAACUGAUCCUUUAAAACACUUCAGGACUCAACACUAAUUCUGUUCACUUUGUUUUGUGAUGAUGUUGGAGUCUGAAACCUGAUGAGGGUCAAACUUGUCGCUGACAUCAGAUCAAAAUGUUUUCUGACUAAUGCGCCACGAUGACACUUUGCUUUCUGAAUGUAAGAGUCGCUAAAACUGUCAUGUAGAUGAGAAACAUCAGACAUCAUCUGGUGGAGCCAGACCAGCAGGACCGGACCGACUGUGUGUCCAUCUGACGGGGGACAACUUCAAUCUGUUUUAUUGUCCUAUUGAUUAGGAUGUGGGCUAUCAGAUUAUCAGUGUGUGAUCCUGAACUGAUGGGGUUUAUCGAUCGGCGUGUCGGGUGUUCAAGCACUAUAAUAAACUGAUGAAGAGUC